AUGGCAAUUCUAAUGGCGCUGGCAAUACAGAUGCUCACGCAAGCUACAUCUUCUCCUGACUUUGUCAAUUACCUAUCAUUCCUACUGCGAACUCCCCAACCUCCUGCUGCCGUUGGUUUUGAUAUCAAGGGAUACAAUGUCGUUCGAGUAGCUGCUGCUAUGAACCUAAAGACAAAGAUAAAGGUGGCCUACCAGUCGAUACCUCCAGAAGCUUUGGCGUACCUACAAACAGCAAGCUUGGUAGCUCUGGGUGAUGAAUCUACCCAUGUUGCGAACUCCGCAGGUACAAUCAUGGCAGAAAUGAUCAAACAGGGUGGGAUAUUAGGAUGGCCAACCUUGCUUGAGGAGUUGGUGUCAUUAGUAGGGAAUGCCUCCGCUUCAGUUCCAAGCCGUACUCAAGAGGCUGCAAUGACCGCCUUGCAAAGAAUAUGUGAGGACAACCAUCGACUUCUACAAAAGGAGAUCCAGGGACAGCAACCAAUCCAUGCCAUUCUGCCUAAAAUAAUGGAGUUCACCGCAAGCUCUGUACCAAAAGUCAGGACCAUGGCCUUGUCGACAGUUCAUAUGUUCAUCGCUCACAAAUCUCCCGCCCUCAUGCAAUCCCUGGAUACUUUCCUUCAGUGCCUUUUUAAGGUAGCCGAAGAUCCUAACACUGAUGUUAGGAGAGCCGUUUGCCAGGCCUUUAACCAAUUAGCAGAAGUCGCCCCUGAAAAAUUGAUCCCCUAUAUUGACGGCCUGGUCAACUAUGUAUUGAUGCAGGAACAUAGCCAGGAAGACCCAGAACUGGUGUUGGAUGCUUCAGAAUUCUGGAUAGUUGCCGGAGAAGAGAAACAGUUGAGGUCGGCGUUGACUCCAUACCUACCAAAGAUUAUUCCCGUCUUGCUGCAAAAUAUGGUUUAUGACGAAGAAGAGGCCGCUCUGAUUGCAGGAAAGGCAGAUGACGCUGAUGAACAGGACAGACCCGAAGAUCUAAAACCUCAAUUUGCAAAAACAAAGUCUGACCGAUUGGCUAGUGCAAAAGAAAGCGAGGAUACCUCCAACGGUGAAAAGAAACCAGCACCUGAAUCUGAAGAUUCUGAUGAUGAUGAUCUAAGUGAUGGAGAGAUCGAGGAUGAUCCCGAGGAAGAGUGGACAAUAAGAAAAAGCUCUGCCACAGCUCUGGAUAUUUUCGCAACUGUAUACCAUCAGCCUGUGUUUGAAAUUGUUCUCCCCUAUCUUCGAGAGCACUUGAAGAACCCUAGCUGGGCCCAUCGCGAAGCCUCAGUACUGGCGCUCGGUGCCAUUGCUGAUGGUUGUAUGCUAACAGUUCAACCUCACCUACCGGAACUCAUUCCCUACCUAGUAUCACUCCUAACGGAUCCAGAGCCAAUCGUUAGAAUGAUCACCUGUUGGUGUCUGGGUAGAUACUCCGGGUGGGCCGCACACCUUGAGCCCGCUGAGAAAGCCCGUUUCUUUGAGCCGAUGAUGGAAGGAAUGCUCCACCGUAUGUUGGAUAACAACAAAAAGGUCCAAGAAGCUGCUGCAUCUGGUUUCAGAAGUUUGGAAGAGAAGUCUGGGCCGCAUAUCAUUCCAUACUGCGAACCAAUUCUGCGCCAGUUCGUGCUUUGUUUCGACAAGUACAAGGACCGAAACCUGGACGUUCUCUAUGACUGUGUACAGACUCUUGCCGAGUGUACAAUGUCUGAACUAGCAAAACCUGCACUUGUAUCUAUCCUUAUGCCUUGCCUCAUUGGAAGGUGGAACAAAGCCGCAGAUGAAUCUCGAGAGAUAUUCCCGCUCUUGGAGUGCCUUGGGUACAUAGCUAGCGCUUAUGGGCAUGCCUUUACACCUUUUGCACCACCAAUAUUCAGCAGAUGCACCAAGUUGAUAUAUAACACCAUUAUGGAGUGCAAUGCCUUGGCUAAUGGCCAGACAACUGAGGAGCCCAACAAAGAUUACUUCAUUACUUGCCUGGAUCUCAUCUCUGCUAUUAUACAAGCUAUUGACCGCCAAAAGAGUGAGGAACUUGUGGCAAGCACGCAGCCAUCCUUCUUCCAACUUCUUGCCUACUGUCUUCAAGACCCAUACUACGACGUAGGUAUGUCGGCGUAUGCGGUCCUCGGUGACUGUGCAAUGGUUCUCUUUGAACAGCUACAGCCAUUCUUACCCACCAUAAUGCCGACACUUCUAAAACAGCUUGAUCUGGAUCAAUUGGCGGACGAGGACUCAUCAACCGGGUUAAGUGUGGUGAACAAUGCCUGCUGGGCGUGUGGGGAGAUAUCCAUAAAUGCAAAAUCUGACAUGGCCCCCUACGCAGAGAACCUUUAUACCUUACUAUACGCCAUUAUGAUCAACGAAGAGAUUCGCGAUUCCGUCACCGAGAAUGCUGCUAUUGCUUUGGGACGCCUUGGCAUAGGAUGUGCUGAGCAAUUAGCUCCACGUUUGGCACAGUAUGCAUACACUUUCUUGAUGAUCAUGUCCAACGUGGAAUUUUCGCGAGAGAAGGUGGGCGCCUUUGCGGGAUUUAAUCAAGUCCUUAAGCAAAACCCGCAAGCACUGGAAUCCUGCCUGCCGGAUUAUUUCAGUGCUGUUGCGUCAAUGACAGAUAAACCCUUCCACGCCCCCGAAUUUGAUGAUUUAGACCAGUCUACCAGACAGGUUCUUCAGGGCUACAAAGAGUUGAUCCCUGACUUUGCAGCUUUCAUGGGGACCCUGGAUCCAAACGUGGCCUGGAGACUUCAGACAGCCUACCAAAUAUAA